CAAAAGUGUUUGAUCUCUCGACCGUACAAAGAUCCGCGGUCGCAUACGCCCCCUGAGGGAGGAGAGGGGAGAGGACGGGGUCCGUAUGCGAACGCACCUCCUCCUCUUCCUCCUCGUCCUCGUCUCUCGUAAUCUCUUCCGAGAGAGAAUACGACAAGGCGAAUAGUAGGAAAAAAGUAAAGGUGCGAUUUUUGGUAUGAUUUGUACGUCAACGGGGGCAAGUAUAAUGCGGUGUUUUACUCCGUGCGUUGAAUGGGACAUCCGAUAUUACCUUUCCUAGAUGGAAUUUGGUUGUUGGAAUUUGUUGGCACGAUCCGUGGAAACCCUAAUUUGGCUGUAAUUCGUUUUAAUUUUGGAUUGGAAUUUUGGGUGAGGGAAUUUGAUGUUGGAUUGGAGGAGGAAGCAUAUCCGUUGGUGGAUUUGAGGGGAUUUUGGGAUGUGGUUUCCUCUUCUCUCUUUCGGUUUUCUGUGUAAUUAGGGUUUCAUUGAUCGACGGGUUAAAAGUUGCAGUUUGAUUCUUUUGAUAUUGCUUUUUUUUCGGUUGUAAAAUCAAAAAUGGAGGAAGAGAGUAGUUCUUGGGUUAGAAGGGCGAAAUUCUCACACACGGUUUACCACCGAAUCGAUUAUUCUCGCUUGCCAGCGAUUCCGCUUUCGCGCCAAUCCGAUCGGGCUCGGGAUGCGGAAUUGAAGCCGGAGAAGGGCGUCGGGCCUUCAAAACUGUCGUCGAUCUCGUUGCCGGUCGAUCGCGAGAGAGAAAUCGAUUCGAAGGUGAAGGCUUCGAUUCGGCAUUCGUAUAGCCUGCCUUCGUCGAGUUUAUUCUCUCAAAAAGCCGACAGCGGUAGAGAAUUGAAGCAGUGGAAGUCGAGCAUCGAAAUCCCCAAGUCACCUUCCCUCAAUCCCGGAAAAAGCCCUGAAUCGGAAGCAAAGAAUUUGAGAUUGGAUUCUUCCAGUUCCGCUGCCCGAGCUCGUCCAGAUCCUAAAUUGAAGCAGAAGAGCAACUUGAAUUCUUCACCGAAGGCGCAGCCAGGUACUUCCCCGAGAAGUAAAUUUGGCCAAUUCUCUAAGCAAAAUCAAUGGAAUCCUACGCCCAAGGAGAGGUCACCUUCGCCUCUCCCGACCAGCAUCCUUUCAGAUGCAUUUAAAGAAGCAAGGGAUAGUGGGAAAAGAUUUGCGACUCCCCCUCCUAGUAGGAAAGGGUCGGAUAAGGGCGUGUUCGGGAAGUUGUUCUCUAGAGAAGCCCGCGAUCACCGUGUGCUAAAUUCCUUAUCUCCUCCCAACACUAGCCCUCUACAACAAUUGUCUUCGAUGAAAUUUGUAGAUAAGCAAAAGGGUCGCAAGGAGAAUUCAUGGACAAAAUAUUUUGAUCAUGGCGUGGGGAGGGUGACUGCCGUGGAGGCCAGAAGUGAUUGGACGGUCGAUUUGUCGAAGUUGUAUUUAGGGCUCCGGUUUGCAUCUGGGGCCCACAGUCGGUUAUACCACGGUAUUUAUAAGGACCGGCCCGUCGCUGUGAAAAUUAUUAGGCAACCCGAUGAUGACGAAAAUGGAGUAAUGGCCGCUCGACUGGAGAAGCAGUUUAAUAGGGAGGUCACUUUUCUGUCUCAUCUCUAUCACCGCAAUGUGCUAAAGCUCGUAGCGGCCUGCAAAAAACCACCAGUGUUUUGCAUCAUCACCGAAUACCUUUCUGGUGGUUCCUUAAGAGCUUUCCUACACAAGCUCGAUCACAAAUCUGUCCCUCUACAGAAACUACUUGCGAUCGCCUUAGACAUUGCUCGUGGGAUGGAGUAUAUACACUCACAAGGAGUUAUCCACCGUGACUUGAAACCAGAGAAUAUACUUUUCGAUGAGGACUUCUGCGUAAAAAUUGCUGAUUUUGGAAUAGCUUGCGAGGAGGCAUUUUGCGAUGUACUAGCAGAGGAUCCGGGUACUUAUCGGUGGAUGGCACCUGAGAUGAUCAAACACAAGCCUUAUGGCCACAAAGUGGAUGUCUAUAGCUUUGGACUGCUUCUAUGGGAGAUGGUAACUGGAAAAAUUCCUUAUGAGGACAUGACUCCAGUCCAGGCGGCUUUUGCUGUGGUUGAUAAGAACUUGAGGCCAGAAAUUCCUUCUAACUGUCCCGCGCCCGUGCGUGCCCUUAUUGAGCAAUGUUGGUCAUCGCAUCCCGAGAAAAGGCCCGACUUUUGGCAAAUCGUAAAGGUCUUUGAGCAGUUCGAAUCCGCUCUCGCUCAAGGCGGGACCCUCGACACCGUCAAAAACUUGACCUGCCAGGACCAUAAAAACCGGCUUCGCCAGUGGAUCCAAAAGCUCAAGCAUUCGCAUAUCGAAGGCUCCGGGAAUUUGAUGCCAAAAUUGUUGUAGCAACAUCGUUGCUUCUUUUCUGUAGUGUAGAUUUUUGUGUAAUUAUUGUGGUUGAUUUAGCGCCCCGACUACGAAGAAUGUAAGAGGACACAGGCUGAUUAUUUUUUGUUUCUGUGUCCCAGUUUGGUGCCGGUCGGAUGUUUGGCAUUUGGAAACGAAAGGAACAUCUGCAUGGGUUGUCAUCUAUCUCUAGAGAUUAUUUACUCAUUUAA